AUGGGGGGAGACGGGCACCCGUACGCGCCGGCGGACCUGCACCUGCCGGGCUUCGUGCCGCUGCAGCUGUCGCAGGGCCAGAUCCUCGCCCCCUACCUGGGCACCUCCGUCUUCGUCGUCCUCGCCGUCUGGCUCGUCUCCGGAAGAUGUGGAAGAUUGUCCAAGACCGACCGUCUGCUCAUGUGCCAGUGGGCAUUCACAGGGUUGACCCACAUAAUGAUCGAGGGGCCCUUCGUCUUCACUCCUGAUUUCUUCAAGAAGGAGAACCCCAAUUUCUUCGAUGAAGUUUGGAAAGAGUAUAGUAAGGGGGACUCUAGGUAUGUUGCUAGGGACGCCGCAACUGUUACGGUUGAAGGGAUCACCGCUGUAUUGGAAGGCCCUGCAUCACUGCUUGCUGUCUACGCCAUUGCAUCCCGGAAGUCCUUCAGCCAUAUUCUCCAGUUCGCCGUCUGUCUGGGUCAGCUCUACGGAUGCUUGGUUUACUUCAUCGCUGCAUACUUGGAUGGCUUCAACUUCUGGGUCGGCCCAUUCUACUUCUGGGCAUAUUUCAUUGGUGCAAACAGUUUCUGGAUUUGGAUACCAACGCUCAUUGCCAUAAGAUCCUGGAAGAAAAUAUGCGCAACAUUUCAAGCUGAAAAGAUGGCAAAUGCUGAGUGA